UUCUUCUUCCCAAGUCCAAACUCUACUCUCCCCCAUCCCGAUCCCACAACUCCGCCCCGCUCGCGCCCAGCACCCACAGAUCUCCGGCCGUCGCAUCCAUGGCGUCCGCGUACCGGGGCGGUGCGAGAGCCCACGGCGACGAGCCCGACGACUUCGACGAGUACGACCCCACGCCCUACGGCGGCGGCUACGACCUCUUCGUCACCUUCGGCCGCCCGCUCCCGCCCUCCGACGAGACCUGCCACCCCUGCUCCGCGCCCUCCACCUCCUACGACGCCCCCCACUACUCCGCCGACGAGCCCUCCCCCUACGCCCGCCACGCCAAGCCGCAGCCCGCCUACGGCUUCCGCCCCCAGCAGGAGCAGUCUUCCUACGGCUCCCGCCCCCAGCAGGAGCAGCAGCAGCAGUCCUCCUACGGCUCCUCCGGCUACGGAUCUAAGCCCCAGCCCGCCUACGGCUUCCGCCCCCAGGCGGAGGAGCCCACCUACGGGUCUGGCUACGGCAGGAAGCCGCAGGCGGAGGAGAGCUACGGCUCCGGGUAUGGAUCUGGGUAUGGUGGAGGAAGGAAGCAGCAGGAGGAGGAAACUUACGGUUCUGGGUAUGGCCGCAAGCCGCAGGUCGAGGAGAGCUAUGGAUCAGGGUAUGGAUCUGGAUACGGGACCAAGCCGCAGCAGGAAGAGAGCUAUGGCUCCGGCUACGGGAGGAAGCCACAACAGGAGGAGAGCUAUGGCUCCGGCUACGGGAGGAAGCCACAACAGGAGGAGAGCUAUGGCUCCGGCUACGGGAGGAAGCCACAGCAGGAGGAGAGCUAUGGCUCCGGCUACGGGAGGAAGCCACAGCAGGAGGAGAGCUAUGGCUCCGGCUAUGGGAGGAAACCGCAGGUAGAGGAGAGCCAUGGAUCGGAGUACGGUUCCGGCUAUGGGAGGAAGCCACAGGCGGAGAGCUAUGGAUCGGGGUAUGGGAGCAGGCCACAGGGUGGUGAGGAGUAUGGUAGUGGUGGGUAUGGGAGGAAGACUCAUGAGGAGAGCUAUGGUUCCUCGGGGUACGGCUAUGGCAGGAAGACUGAGGAAGAGAGCCAUGGUGGUUCUGGUUAUGGAUAUGGAAAGAAGGCCCAGGAAGAGGGUGAAGGGGCAUAUGGCUCUGGUGGUUACCCGAAGCCAAAGCCAUACGGUCAGGAGGAGACACAGGGUUCUUACGGGUAUGGGUAUGGCGAGAAGCCGGCGUAUGAGAGUGGUGGGUACAACAGGCCGAGCUAUGGUGGUGGAGACGAAUACCAAGGGGGCCAUGGCCGCAAGAAGCAUGACGACAAUGACUCUGAUGAUGAAAAGAAGAAGCGUUACCAGAAGCACCACCGCCGCCAGGAGUACGAUGAUUAAGCAUCCACUGCGGUUAUCCUACCAGCCAAAGUACUGCGUGAAUAAAGAUGCUACUGCUCACUCGCUUGUGCUGUGUUGUCUUGUUUUGUCUUGUGGUCUAUCUGCCUCAGUGAUCUGAUGUCGCUUCAACACUAAUAAAUUGUGGUUAUGGCUGUGCGUGUGGUUUUUAUGUUUGAAGCAUGUCUAAACAAUCACUACGUCGUGUCAUUAUUUGUAUGCUUGAGAUGAACGGUGGAUGUGCCCCUGUUCCGUCUUAAACUGAAUUUAUAUAUUCCUGCUGCACCACUUAUGUCUUAAA